AUGCAUCUCAUUCUAACCGGGGCAACCGGCUUAUGUGGCUCGGGCGUGCUCGACGCCAUGAUUAAGAUGCCAGAAGUUACCAAGAUCUCCAUCAUUAGCAGAAGGCCAGUGAGGAUGGCAGAAGACGCGAAGGACCCCCGGAUCAACGUCAUCCUUCACAAGGACUUUGAAAAAUACGACUCCGGCCUCCUUGACCAGCUCAAGGGUGCCAGGGGCGUAGUGUGGGCGUUAGGAAUCAGCCAGACUGAGGUCGAUGCAGAGCAAUACGUCAAGAUCACCAAAGACUUCACCCUGCGCGCAGCAGAAGCCUUCCAAUCCCUCGGCUCAGAGGCCCAGCCCUUCAACUUCGUCUACGUAAGCGCUCUCGGCGCCUCCCUGCAGCCGGGGCGGUUCACCCCCAUUUUCGCCCGCGUCAAGGGCGAGACCGAGACCGCGCUCGCGGAGAUGCGCAAAGCCAACCCAGCCUUCCGCUCCUCGUCGAUCCGGCCCGCCGGGAUCGACGCCACAUUCCACGACGCCAUCAAGCCGUAUCUUCCGGCGCCAGGCUUGGUCAACAGAUUGCUUCUCCCAUUGUCGCGGAUGCUUUCGGCGUCCAUUAGUAGCCCGACGGAGCCUUUGGGCAGAUUCAUGACGGAGAUGGCGAUGGGGAAGUGGGAUGCAAAGUAUAGCGGGGCUGGUGUCGCAAGGUUGGGCCAGUUUCCGGUCCUGGAGAACACGGCAUUCCGGAGGUUGGCCGGACUGGACGCGAAGUAG